UUUGAAAGAUGGUGCUAGAAUCUGUAUGCUUGCAAGAUGGAGAGCCUAGUUGUUAUUCUAAGUUUAGUAUCCAUCUUUGUUCUCUUCAUUAUCACACAAAGAAACACAAGAACAAGAUCAAGAACACCACUUCCACCUGGCCCUAAAGGCCUUCCUCUAAUUGGAAAUCUCCACCAACUUGAUGCCAAAUCCCCACAUCACUAUUUUAGAGAACUCUCCAAACACUAUGGCCCCAUCAUGUCCUUCAAACUUGGUUCAACCCAAGCCCUUGUUAUUUCCUCAUCAAAAUUAGCCAAAGAAGUGUUAAAGACACAUGACCUCAAAUUUGCAAGUAGGCCACCUUACUUAGGCCUAAGGAAAUUGUCAUAUAAUGGCUUGGACUUAGGUUUUGCACCUUAUAGCCCUUAUUGGAGAGAGAUGAAGAAGCUUUGUGUUUUGCACCUUUUUAGCUCUCAAAGGGUCCAUUCUUUUAGACCCUUUAGAGAACAAGAGGUUGCAAACAUGAUUAGGAGGAUAUCCCAACAUGAAGAUUCAAACAAAGUUGUAAACUUGAGUGACACUUUGAUGUUUUUUACCAACACUUUGAUAUGUAGGGUUGCUUUUGGGAAAGAAUAUGGUAAUGAGUACCAUGUUGUUGAUGAAGAAUUAGGGUGUGGCCAAAGGAGCAAGUUGCAAGUGUUGCUAAAUGAGGCUCAAGCAUUGUUGGUUGAGUUUUACUUUUCAGAUCAUUUUCCCAUGUUGGGGUGGGUUGAUUGGCUUAGAGGAACACUUUGGAGGCUAGAUAAGAACUUCAAGGAAUUGGACAAGUUCUAUGAAAGAGUUAUCUUUGACCAUAUGGAUUCAGCUAGGGCUAAUAAAUCCAAUGAGCAACAAGUUAAAGACAUCAUUGAUAUCUUUCUAGAGAUGAUGAAUGAUCACUCACUCUCCUUUGAUCUCACUCUAGAUCAUAUAAAAGCUGUGCUCAUGAACAUCUUUACAGCUGGAACAGACCCAAGUGCAGAUACAACAGUUUGGGCAAUGAAUGAACUUUUGAAGAACCCUAAAGCUAUGAAAAAGCUUCAAAGUGAAAUUAGAGGUUUAUUUGGAGACAAAGAUUUCAUAAAUGAAGAUGACAUUCAAAGGCUUCCAUAUCUCAAAGCAGUAAUAAAGGAAACACUAAGAAUGUUCCCACCAUCACCACUACUCUUACCAAGAGAAACAAUUGAAACAUGCAACAUAGAAGGUUAUGAAAUAAAACCAAAAACUUUAGUCUAUGUCAAUGCAUGGGCCAUAGCAAGGGACCCCAAGAAUUGGAAAGACCCAGAAGAGUUUUGUCCUGAAAGAUUCAUUGAGAAUCCAAUAGAUCUCAAAGGGAAUGACUUUGAGCUAAUUCCAUUUGGUAGUGGAAGAAGAAUUUGCCCUGCCAUGAACAUGGGGUUGGUUACCAUAGAAAUUGCAUUAGCAAAUCUUGUUCACUCAUUUGAUUGGAGUUUGCCAAUUGGGUUUGACAAUGAAGAAAUGUUUGACACGCAAGUGAAGCCAGGGAUAACCAUGCACAAGAAAAACGACCUUUUUCUUGUGGCCAAGAAACAUGUACCGUAAGGUUAGUUGUGUCUUGUCUGCACGUGCCUUCCUAGGGUUGAUAUUUAGCAUGGUAUUUUUAUAUACUCAUGUAUACAAAACACAAGUUUUUGUUAAAUAUUAGUGCAAAUAAUAAGGGUUUUUUAUUUAGCAAUUAAAUUAAAAAGGCUUGGAUUAUGAUAAGAGUAAUUGAUGACACUCACUAAUGAUCAAGUUUUCUAUGAAUUUAGUACAUUUAUAUUAUAACUUUGUGUUGGUAUUCUUUUAGGAGAGGCUAAUAUAUGUUUAUAAAGAUAUUUAGUUUGGGAUUUUUUUUAAUAAAUAAAAUAAAUUAUUUAUUUAUUGGUAUAUAUUUUUUAGUUUGGCACACUCAGAGCCUGUGCCAUAGUACAUACUUUUUGUCAAUGAUAUCGUCCUUAUAGGAGAGUCAAGGGAAGAACUAAAUAAGAAAUUUGACUUAUGAAGAGAAGCUCUAGAAGUGUAUGGUCUGUGCAUAAACCGUAGCAAGACGGAAUAUAUGGAAUGUAAGUUCAGUCUGAGAAGGAAGAACCUUAAUAUAGAGGUGAAGAUUGGAGAAAAUAUCUUACGAAAAAUUAAAAAUUUUAAGUAUCUUGGGUGCAUCAUACAGGAUAAUAGAGAGAUUGUAGAUUAUGUAAACCAUAGGAUCCAAGCAGGUAGGUCAAAAUGGUGGAGUGCAUCUAGUUUUAUAUGCAACAAAAAAGUGCCUUAAAACUUAAUGGUAAAUUAUAUCGCACCGCUAUAAAAUCGGCUACGCUUUAUGGUAUGUAGUGUUGGACAGCCAAAGGGGAGUACGAACAUAAGUUGAGUGUGGAAGAGAUGAAAAUGUUGAGAUGGAUGAGUGGUCAUACGCGAUCGAAUAAAAUAAGAAACGAAGAUAUAAGGAAGAGAGUUGGUGUAGCACCCAUUGUGGAAAAGAUGGUUGAAUCGCGUCUCAGGUGGUUUGGACAUGUGAGAAUAAAACCGAUAGAACACCCAGUCAGGAUGGUGGAUGAGAUAGAAGAUGGACAAGAGAUGAAAGACAGAGAAAGACCUAAGAAGACCAUCCAUGAGGUGGUCAAACGAGAUCUACAUGUAAACGGUCUCUCUGUAGACAUGAUACAUGACAAAGCACAAUGACAUCGUUUGAUUCAUAUAGCCGAUCCCACCUAGUGAGACAAGACUUUGUUGUUGUUGUAUUUAUAUUUUUUCUUUUAUGAAAUAAAGGAUAAUUUACAUACAUAAAUUGGAUGAGGAAAAAAAUU